CGGUGAAGUGACUCUUGAACCAUAGUCGUGUGUUAGUGCAUGCUUGUAUUAGACCUUGAGUUCUUGUUACGGGAAAAUAUUCCGGGUGGGGGUCGGGAGUGGGGGGGGGGUCUGUGACACGCAGCAAACGUGGCCAACAGAGCAGAGAUCAAGGCAAAAAGAGAAAAUCCGUCAAGUAAUCAAGCAUUCGAGCUUUUAUUCAAUUGUGAUGGAGUUGCAGUUAUGGAGUUUCUUCUAUAUCACACUGCACAGCUACUACCUGCUGACCACCGCUGACCAAACAGUUUUCCGAAAUGCUCCACAAGCCAAGGCCAUAUUUCUGCGACCUAAACGUGCCAAUAUGUUUUUAGUGGAGGAAAUUCUAAAGGGCAAUUUGGAAAGAGAGUGUCAUGAGGAAAGAUGCAGCAAAGAGGAGGCCAGAGAGGUCUUCGAGGACGAUCAGAAAACAGAAGAGUUCUGGACCAAAUACUACGAUGGAGAUCAGUGUAAACCUAAUCCUUGUCAACAUGGCGGCAUCUGUAAAGACAAGAUAGGAGGAUAUAGCUGCAAGUGCACCAACACGUACACGGGACAGGACUGUGAAACGGAUGUUUCCGAAUGCCCUUCUGGAGGCCCUCAGGUUUGUGAACACUACUGCAGACCCUUACCUGAAGCAUACCGAUGCUUCUGCGCCAGAGGCUAUAACCUUCACACCGAUGGCAAGAGCUGUAUUCCUCAGGCUCAGGACCCAUGUGGGCAUCUCAGGGGCUUAUCUGAAGACGCUAACAAGGGGAAUAUGGAUCAGAAUGACACCAUCUGCCCACAAGGAAAAUGUCCAUGGCAGGUGACAUUUGUGGAUGUUGGUGGUGAUGUAAUCUGUCAGGGCGUGAUCCUUGGAAAGAGGUCUAUACUUACAACAGCUGCAUGCAUGACAACAGGCAAAGAUCUUUCCUUAGUCAUUGGUCCCUCAAAUAAAACAGUAAAUCUGUCUCAAUUGAGCAAAGAGACUCUUCAUAGCAAGUAUGUGAGAGGCAGACCUGAUGAUGACUUGGCAUUCUUGGAGCUUAAGGAGCCAAUCUCUCUGGGUUUGGGUGCCAUCCAACUCUGCCUCCCGGAGAAGGACUUCAGUGAAAACAUCUUGAUGAAAAGUGGUAAAGAGGGCGUGAUAGUGGGUGGAGCCAACAAACCUUCUUACCUCCCACUGGACGUCUGCCAUUCCAAACUCAACCUGAGCUUCUCAUUGACCAAUAAGAUGUUCUGUAUGGAGGACCGAGAGGCUGAAGGUACUGUACAGAAACGAUCACAACACAAGAAGAACGAGUGUGAUCUUGCAUCUGGAUCUCCGGUGGCUACAGUGGAAGGAAAUACAGCUUUCCUAACUGGAUUGUUCCUGUCCCAAAGUGACUGCAGUCAGGGACUCGUCUUCACCAAAGUUUCCAGAUAUCUGCCGUGGAUCCGCAGACUCCUAGUGAGCAGCGAGGCAGUCCAAACAUGACACAUUCAGGCAGAAGUUUAGUCUCCAGGAUGCUAUUUUUACAAGAUUUCAGCAAUGAACCUACUAUUAGAAUGAACCUGUGGUUUCAUUCUGUGUUAAAAUGCACAUUUGAAAGACUUCCUCUGAUCAUGCAAUGCCUUAAGUACACCAUAAUCAUGUAAAAUUGUACAAAAACAGUUUAUUUUACACAGUGAAUAAAAAAAUAAUCAAAAAUAACAGAAAGCCUGCUGAGAAAUCGCUGAAUCUUACAGCAGCACAGAAGGCCGGAUUUUUCACUUGAAUAUUUCGAUGCAGUUUAAUUAGGAUCUUCUGUUCCAUCACAAACAGGGAUAAGUCCUAUUCUAUUUCAAAAUAAACUGCUUAGCAUUUAAAAUCA